AUGCCGGAAAUUAGACAAAAUGAAAAAAUUAGUCAUCGUAUUGAAGGACCCUUCUUUAUUAUUCAGCUAAUAAACCCUGAUAAUUUGAAUGCAUUAGAAGGUGAAGAUUAUAUCUAUUUAGGAGAAUUAUUGGAACUGGCAGACAAGAAUUCCGAUGUGUAUUUCACAAUUCUACAAAGCAGUGGUAGGUUUUUUUCCAGUGGAGCUGACUUUAAGGGUAUUGCAAAGGCUCAAGAGGAUAAUGGUGCUAAAUACGCAUCGGAAACGAGCAAAUGGCUGUCCAAUUUUGUCGCUAGAAAUGUAUAUGUCACCGACGUCUUUAUCAAGCAUUCCAAAGUUCUUGUUUGUUGUUUAAACGGGCCAGCGAUAGGGUUAAGCGCGGCGCUGGUGGCACUCUGUGACAUAGUAUAUAGCAUGAAUGAUAAGGUCUAUUUGUUAUAUCCCUUUGCCAAUUUGGGAUUGGUCACGGAAGGCGGCACUGCGAUUUCGUUGCCGUUAAAAUUUGGUGCGAACACGACGUAUGAACGCCUCAUGUUCAAUAAACCCUUCAAUUACGAUAUAAUGACCAAGAGCGGAUUUAUAAGCAAGAACUUCAACAUGCCAUCUUCGAAUACUGAAGCGUUCAAUGCGGAGCUUUUGAAAGAAUUGAAGGGGAAAGUGGAAGGACUGUACCUGCCAAGUUGCCUGGGGAUGAAGAAAUUACUAAAGUCGAACCACAUUGGUUCGUUUAAUGAGAUCAAUUCCAUGGAAGUGAAUGAAUCCUUAAAAUAUUGGGUAGACGGCGAACCCUUGAGGAGGUUCAGCCAAUUGGGCUCGAAACAAAGAAAGCACCGGUUGUAA